AUGCGCAAUGAUGACGAUUUCGAGAGGCACGGCGGCUACCUGACCGCAGCCUCAUGGCUGGCGCGAGACGUUGACAAUGAAACCCUUAUUUUCCGAAAAUUCGACACGCUGUCCGCUGCGAACCUCCUCUACAUGCAGAGCGAGAUUCUCGAGUUGGGAAAGCGUCUCGAACAUUUGCAUUUUACUACCGUACACGGCGACGAUAUGGAUUUGAAAGAUGCCGCGAGCACGUGGGAGACGCUCGUUGAGCAGUCCCGAGCAGGCACAACGAGCUUCCGGGAGGAUGCCAAACAAAGAAUGAAUCUCAUAAAAGAACUACGCGAAAGGCUUCGCGAAAACCGUAAUUAA